AUGCAGCCACUCAGCCCCGCUCCGGUACAUCACCGUUGCCACCUAAGCAGCAGCAGCAGCAGCAGCAGCAGCAGCAGCAGCAGCAGAAGCAGCAGCAGCAGCAGCAGCAGCAGCAGGAGUAGGAUAGGAGUAGAAGGAGUUAAUGCAGCAGCAGCAGCAACAACAGCAGCAAAUGUUGCAGCAGCAGCAGCAGGCAGCAACAACUGCAGCAGCAACAAGAGCGUCAGAGGCGCCCAACACCACCCAAAUCAGCAACAGCAGCAGCAGCAGCAGCAGCAGCAGCAGCAGCAGCAGCAGCAGCAGCAGACCUGUCUGGCGAGGUUCAUCCCCACAUAA